AUGGACAACGCGGCGGCGGAGGCGUUGAAGCCAAUGAAGGCAACGUCGGACGGCGUGUUCCAGGGAGAGAACCCGCUACACUCGGCACUUCCGCUCGCCAUCCUGCAAAUUUGCAUUGUCGUCGUGCUGACCCGCGUGCUCGCCUUCAUCCUCCGCCCGCUGCGGCAGCCGCGCGUCAUCGCAGAGAUCACCGGCGGGAUUCUUCUUGGCCCAUCGGCGGUGGGCCACAGCACCGCAUUCCUCAACACCGUGUUCCCGAAGCAGAGCCUAACGGUUCUUGAUACCCUCGCCAACAUCGGCCUCCUCUACUUCCUCUUCCUGGUCGGCCUUGAACUGGACCUCCGCGCCAUACGCCGCACUGGGAGCAUGGCCCUCGUCAUCGCUGUCGCCGGGAUUUCCCUUCCUUUCAUCAUGGGCAUCGGCACCUCCUUUGUCCUCCAGCACACCGUUGCCCGCGGUGUGCCCACGGGGCCGUUCCUCGUCUUCAUGGGUGUCGCGCUCUCCAUCACGGCAUUCCCGGUGCUAGCACGCAUUCUCGCCGAGCUCAAACUGCUCACCACCGACCUCGGGCGCAUGGCCAUGUCAGCUGCUGCCGUCAACGAUGUCGUUGCGUGGAUACUUCUAGCCCUCGCGAUUGCUUUGUCAGGCAGCGGCUCCCCUCUUGUCUCGUUGUGGGUGCUGCUAGCGGGAGCUGGCUUUGUCCUUGCGGCGUUCUUGUUGCUCCGCCCUGUCCUCACCUGGAUGGCACGGCGAUCCCCCGAAGGUGAGCCAGUGAAGGAGCUUUACAUAUGCGCGACUCUGGCCAUCGUGCUUGCCGCCGGGUUCGCCACCGACACCAUUGGCAUCCACGCACUCUUUGGCGCGUUCAUUGUCGGCAUCAUCUUUCCUAAGGACGGGGCCUUCGCCGGGGUUCUCCUGGAGAAGGUGGAGGACCUCAUAUCUGGCCUGUUCUUGCCGCUCUACUUCGUGUCCAGCGGCCUCAAGACAAACGUAAUGACCAUCAAGGGUGGUGACUCGUGGGCGCUCCUCGUCCUCGUCGUUGCCACCGCGUGCAUAGGAAAGAUCGGCGGCACAGUUAUCGUGUCGCUCAUCGUCCGGGUGCCGUUCCGUGAGGCGCUCACGCUCGGGUUCCUCAUGAAUACCAAGGGGCUCGUGGAGCUCAUCGUCCUCAACAUCGGCAAGGACCGGCAUGUCCUUAACGACGAGACUUUCGCCAUCCUCGUGCUAAUGGCGCUCAUAACAACCUUCAUCACGACGCCGGUGGUCAUGGCAAUCUACAAGCCAGCACGGCGGGGGGCGGCGUACAAGAACCGCGCCGUCCAGCGCGCGAACCCACACGACGAGUUCCGCAUGAUGGCUUGCUUCCACAGCACGCGCAACAUCCCCACCAUCAUCAACCUGAUGGAGUCCUCGCGCGGCACUCGGAAGCGUGGCAUAACCGUCUACGCCAUGCACCUCGUCGAGCUCUCUGAGAGAUCGUCCGCCAUCUCCAUGGUCCACAAAGCGCGGCGAAAUGGCAUGCCAUUCUGGAACAAGCGACGCAACGGCGACGGGGACGGCGACCAGCUCGUUGUCGCCUUCGAGACGUAUCAGCAGUUGAGCCGCGUGUCUAUCCGGGCCAUGACAGCCAUCUCCGACCUGCAAACGAUCCACGAGGACGUCGUCACCAGCGCGCACCAGAAGCGAGCCGCGCUCAUCGUGCUCCCCUUCCACAAGCUCCACCAGAUGGACGGCCACAUGGAGUCGCUUGGCGACCAGUACCAGCACAUCAACCAGCGUGUGCUCCACCAUGCGCCCUGCUCAGUAGGCAUCCUCGUCGACCGCGGGCUAGGAGGUGCCGCUCAGGUGGCUGCCAGCGAUGUGUCCUACACCAUCGUUGUCAUCUUCUUCGGAGGCCGCGAUGACCGUGAGGCCCUAGCCUAUGGCAUCCGCAUGGUCGAGCACCCAGGCAUCGGGCUCCAUGUGCUACGCUUCUUGAUACAGUCCGGCGGUGCCACCGCCAGUGACCGCUCCACUGACGACGCGUUCCUUGAAGAGUUCCGCACCAAGGUGGCCAACGGGAACGAUUCUGUCCGUUAUGAAGAUAAGCCAGUGGGAGGGAAAGAGGAGGUCGUGGAAGCGAUCAAGGCAACAGGGCGGUGCAACCUGUUCCUUGUCGGGCAGGGCACGCCCUGCAUGCCGCUGGCUGACUGGAGCACGGACUGCCCGGAGCUCGGGCCGGUCGGUACUUACCUGGCGCUACCUGAAUUCUCGACGGUAGCAUCUGUGCUGGUCAUGAAACAGUACGAUCCGACGGCGAAGCACUACGAACUCGUUGAGGAGGUGGCCGACAUAGCGGUGGACGUCGAUACGCCGGGCCCAAGCAACAGGGGCACCAACACUAGCUUCCGUGCCGGAUGA